ACAACCUCAGUGAAUGCAUCCAGCUGGGUGCAUUUUAUUAUGUGCAUUCAUACACCAACCACUGUAGUGCAUGUCAAUCCUCAAUGGUGCUAGCCAAACAUCCCGCCAUCGCACCCACCAGCAUCAGGCCGUCGGCCAUCGGUGUGCCCAGCCGCCACAUGGGAUACGCCGCGCCGCGCCGUGCGGCAUCCGGUCCAGUCGCAUGGCCCGUGCACCGCAGCGGAAGCCAACUCCAACGCCGCGGCACAGAUCUCCAGGGAUCUCGGUCUCAACCUCGGCCCGCGGCGCAUGCGGCGCCUACCGAUCUCCCAAGCUAGCCAAGCUCCCAAGCAUCCAUAUCCACGUGGCGGCCGCUGCCGUGCUGCCGCGCUGCCGGGCGGCCGGGCUGCCGGGCUGCGGGCUGCGCUGCCGUCGCAUCACUCCGAACAUGACCCGAGGUUCAGGGCCGUGUGUUCGCUCACAUUCGCCAACAGUGCCAACGGCCAACGACCAACGGCCAAUGGGCCGCUCGAAACGCCGCUUCAAUUGGCCACUCUGGCCGCGCAUGCGUUUUGCGAUCCUGUAUGGCCUGUAUGGCCUACAUAGCUGCAUCGAAAUCAAGUAGAGUGCGCUGACUCACCGUCGAUCCUCUGACACCGUUCCUGUUCCGCAUGGUCCAGGCCCCACGGAAUGCGGAACAACGCCGAGGGCUGUGCGGGGUGCUCGUCGGGGGUCGGGGG